CAUUAUUGCUUUCAUCUAUAUACUCAAUAUUCAGUAGAGGAAUAUGAAAAGGCUAUAAUUUACUAAAUGGAUGUUUUAUAAAUAUUAUUACCUAGAUAUUAAUUAUUCCACAAUUAUUCCCUUUGUUCUUUAUAUUUUUUUUUAUGAUGUGGAGAAUGAUCAAUCAAUACAUAACUUUUUGAUACUAUUUUGUUCAUUAAAUUCCUUUUAAUGAAUUCACAUAUAUUUGUUUUAGUGGAUAUAUUAAAAAACAUAAAAGCUGAAUACUAAUAAAUAAUAAGAAAUAACACAAAUUAUACAAUGCAAAGUUACUUUUUUCAGUGAUGGCGCACACAGUUGGUAGAAUUGAAUUUACUGAAUAGAUACUCCACCACGCACUAUGUAUACAUAUAUAUAGAUGUAUGUAUUAAAACACAAAAUAUACAUAUAUAUGUGUCAUAUGCACCUUCACGCAAUUUUGUGUGAGUCAAUGUAGGUGUGUAUAUAAAUAAUAAAACGCGGUGAAGUUAGGUGAAGUGUUGUACUCAUAAAAUUUUAAAGAAUUCUGUAAGAACAUAAACGUGUUACGAGGAAAUAGCACUGUUAAAUGUUUGUCUUUUAAUAGAAUUUUCGAAGUACAUGCAGUAGCUACAGCUGAUACAUAAAAAUAACUCGUAUGUUAAAAUGUUGUGAGAGAAAGAAAGUGAAAUGUUAUAUGAUAUCGUUUAACACCGAGCUCUUCGUAAUACGCAAACGCUACUAUUUAAAUUAUCGAUUCGUGAGCCUGAAUCUUUGUCUAAAAUAAAAGAAUAGACAUUCCGUGAUAAAGGUUUUCUUUUAUACCGGUAACGGGGAAAUAAAUUUCUUCAACGAAUUAGAUGUUGACAAAUGAAAUUCGCCAGGAAAUUAUGAGUGUGAAAAGUAGACGUCCCGGAGUAUAUUUUACAUUGAGACACACUGUUUUUUGACGCAAAUACAAUACGUCAAAACAAUUCGAGGUUGUUAAAGUUCUACAUAUUCUUCAUACUGAUUUAGUUGAUGUUAAAAAUAAAAAAAAAAUGAAUGGAUUCAGUACCGGUGAAGAAGAUUCCAGAGGAGCUGCUGAUCAAAUCUGUUGCCUUGUAGAUGAGGGUGAACGAUGCACUCGACCAGCUGGCAACGCUUCUUAUAGCAAACGUAUACAAAAAACUGUAACUCAACGGCGAUUGAAACUUAAUCUCGAUCAAGUGGCCCGUCACAUAUAUAUCUGUGAUUAUCAUAAACAAGUAAUACAAUGUGCAAGAUCUAAGCAACAGCAACAACGUAGACGUAAGGACUCAGAAGAAGAUUCUGGUGAAACAGACAAUGACCUUCCCGAGGUUGAUCUUUUUCAGUUACAAGUUGGUACAUUAAGGAGAUACAAGAGGCAUUAUAAAGUUUCUACACGUCCAGGUUUAAAUAAAGCUCAAUUAGCUGAUACCCUUAUGAAGCAUUUCAAGACGAUCCCAGUAGUUGAAAAAGAAGCGUUAAGCUUCUUCAUUUAUACAGUUAAAACCAAUGCCAAUAAAUUAGAUCAAAAGAAUGGUUUAAGUAAUGACACCACCUAGCCUAGGCAUCAUUUCAUGAGUUUUGUUAUUGUAAUCUUUUACUAGUGAGAUCAGAAACGAAUGUAUGGAUUUUUACUUGUUAAUAGACAUAGGUAUUUUGUAAGAUCUAUGUAUAAAAUACACUGAAAAAAAUAUAUGUAUAAUGAAGCA